UAAAUAUUUUAAAAUCCUAAAAAUUAGAGAUAUCGAAAUCCAAAUAAAAUCCUGCAAACACAUCAGAUUUUCAGCACAUCAGCACAUAUGAUAUCAGCUGUGAUUUUAGGGAAAAAAAUACCAUCAGAUCAGAUUUUCGUGUCCAGACAUUACCACAUCAGAUUUCUGCAUUAAUACAUCAAGAAAAGUUUUUCCGGGAGAAAAAAAACGGCCCUGAUAUAUUGCAUCCUCCAUCUCUGUUCAAAGGAUGUGUAAUCAAAAUUCCUUAAUUCCAAAUUGAAAUCAUCAAUCUUUAUGUCAAUUUAGUGUUAUUUUAAAUGAAAACAUCAUUUGACAAUGGAGAUUUCAGAAAAAAUUCACCAAAUAUCAACAAUAAUUACAGAUUCAUUACCGAUUUUAGCAAUAUUGAUUUCACCCAGAAAUCGUCUAUUUCAUCAUAUCUGGCGAGAGAAAGAAGGAAAAACUAAAGAACUGUGCAUACCUGAAGGCGACCUCUGAUGUGCGACAGUGGCGCCGGAGGUGUGGGAAGCUGGCACCGGAGGUAUGGGAGGGUGGUGCCGGAGAUACGAAGGGCAGCGAUGGCAGCGUCUGACGGAGGCGGAGCGUCUGGCGGCAAAAGAUUGCAGGUUUAGAAGAAAACAUGGAGAACAACACCAACACGGAUAAUGGUUCUUCUCAUUCUUGGUGGCUUGACAACACUCAUAAUAAUCGUCUCCAUCAAUCUCAAUGGCUGCAGUCAACUUUAUCAGAGUUGGAGAAGAAGGUAAAAAACAUAUUAAGUUUUAUUGAAGACGAUGGGGAUACAUUUGCAGAAAGGGCUGAGAUGUUCUACAAAAAGAGGCCUUUACUCAUUAAAUCCGUUGAAGAUCUUCAAGAAUCCUACAAACUUUUGGCUGGAAACUACGACCAGUUAUUGAAAAGAUAUGAAAAUCUACGUGCAUUUUCCAAAUUGGAUUCCCACAUCUUUGCAAACCCUAACCGGUUUUCUCCAAAAGUACUUCAGAGUUGUGAUCACAACUUUGAAGAUGAGCUAAAGAAAAAGAGAUACGAGUUUUUUCAGUUUGCUGAUGAUUUAGAAAAUCGUUGUGAUGAGAUGAGGUUGAGUGUGAUGAAACUUGUUGAAGAUAAUUUAGAGCUGCAGGCUGAGCUGGUGAAAAGGAAUGAUCGGAAAAGAGAAGCCAUUAAUGAGUUGCGAGCUCAUGUGAAGAAGCUUGUUGGUGAGAACAAUGAAUUGAAGAGUAAGUUAGCUCGAAUGGAAGCUGAUGUUAGGAGGAACAGAUCUCAAUUCUCAAGAGCAAAAGAUCUAAUUUUCAAGAAAAUUAGUUAUCAAUAGUAGAACACUUACCCCUUUUUAAUGUUACAUGAGGAAAGAUACUUUGUUUUUUACCCAAUAUAAUGAUCAAAUGUUUUUUGUGGAAAUGGUUGAAUCAAUAAAACCAACAUGUCACAUGUGUCUAUAAGUUUUUUUUUUCUUUCAAAAAAUCGGAUUUGUUCUUUAUAAGCACGUUGCUAUUUCAUGCAAUUAUCCCUAGAACAUUUUGAAAACAGUUGAUUAGCAUCUUUAUAACAAAAUGUUUGACCCUAAAAAGUCAACUCCCAGCUUGUAAUUAUAUCUCCUUUUUCUUUCUCAAGAAUCUAGAUUUUCAACAAAAAGACUUCAUGGCAACCCAGAAUUCAAUAACAAAAUGAAAACCCAAAAGAAGUCGCAACAUUUUGCUUUAAACAUGCAUAUGUUACUACUCAAUAUACUAUUUUAAAAAAUACCAUUUUUCAGUGUUUUUUUAUCCUUCAAGCAUGGCCUUUGCAGCAUCUAUGAGUAUGGGUCUAAAUUCAUCUGAUGCUCUACCAAGAACAGUGUAUCCUUCCUUAUCUUCAACAUCAACAUCUGCACCAUGUCUGAUGAGUAAAAGAGCUAUCUCUUUGUUAUAACAUAUAACUGCACUCAUUAUAGGAGUUUGUCCAGCUCUAUCAACAGCAUCAAUAUCUGCACCUUCUUCAAUCAAAAGCUCACAUAACUCUGACUUCCCUGUACUUGCAGCCCGGUGUAAUGGUGUGCACCCUACCUGUAUAUGAUGAACAUCAAACAAUUAUCAAAUCAGAGAAAGAUUACAAAGAGAAAAUGAUAAGUUUUUAAAGAAAAUUAUGAAGUUACUAGCCUUGUCUUUUGAAUUGAUCUUUGCGCCAUUUGAAAGAAGAAUUUCAGCUACUUUCAACCAACCCUUGCUGGCAGCAUAGUGAAGAGCAGUGCGACCUCCAUUGUUUUUCAAGUUUACAUCAGCUCCUGAUCAUCAGAAUGUUGUUUUUUAGCAAGAAAUUCACUAAUUGGAGCCAAAAGUUUCAGCAGAAAAAGAAUUAUCCAACCUCUGUCUAGCAAAAUCUUGACGAUCUCAACAUUUCCACUGCUUGCUGCAGAAUGAAGUGGUGCCCAACCUUCUUCAUCGGCACUGUUAAUGCCACUGAUUGAGUGAUCAAAAGCUGCAAGUAUCUUCACCACCUGUAUUAUUGAAAUCAAUGUUCAACAAGUAUUUUAGAAAGAAGGACUCAACAGUGGCAGUCUUAUCAUUCAAACCUAGAAAAUUUCAAAUUUGCAGCAAAUUAUUGUGGAGAAAUCAAACUCGGUCUUUACUUUCUAAAAAAAGCAAACUACAUGGCAAGAGGCGAGAUAAAAUCAGGCUAGGAAAUUGAAAACCUCGGUGCGGGCUGAAGAAACGGCGACAUGAAGUAGCGAUCGUCCGUCUUCGUUACGAAGAGCGAGACAACGGUGCAGCUGCGGCUGAGAGAGGGAUUUGAAAAAUGAUAAGUCGCCGUUGUCGGCGGCUCUGAAGAGAUCGUCUUCAUUAAUGAUUUCAGUUUUGUCUGCUUCAGGUUCUGGAUAUUGUGGAUCAAUCUCCAUUUCUGUCGGCAAUUUCGGAAUCGGUGGUGCUGUCCAGGGUUUUAGGUGUUUUGAGUGUGGUAGCCGGAGGGCGAAGCUUGUAGAGAAAGAAAGGGGGUCAAACUUCAAUUUGGAAAACCGAAGGGGUAAGAAUUGAUAGCCGAAACUUUCGCGCAUUUUUAAAGUAAAUUACAAAUGGCCCCUAUGAUAAACCAAAAAUUGUAAAUUCAGCCCAACUUUUCAAUCUUUCCCUCAAAUUUUGAUUUUGAUUUUUUAUUUUUUUUCCUUCCUUUUUUUUGUUAGAUUCUUAGACAAAUCUACCUUAAUAUAUACAUACGUAUUUAUCAUUCUCCUAAUAUAAAAAGUAAACAACCCUUUCAUAGAUUACAAUAAUAUGGACAUUUGUAAAUGGAAUGGAUAGGGAUGAACAAAAUAACCGACCUGGAUCAGGCCCGGGAACUGAAGUCGGCAUAAAUUAAGAACCGAAUCGGACCGCCAGUUUUACCGGUUUCCGGUUCCAACCGGUUCUUGAUGUGUCUUCAAUAUUGGAACUGGUCAUCGAGAAAUAGCUACAUUCAGUUUUGAUGUUUUUUUUUCCAGUUCUACCGGUUCCCGAUUCUAAAAAUCCAUAAGAAUAUUGUUCCGAUCCUGACCUGACCGGUUCCAUCAGGUUUCGGUUUUGGCCGGUUCUCCGGUCCAAAUGCUCAUUCUUAGGAAUGGAGGUUGUCAAUGACGACAUUUAGGAAUUUGGAAUCAAUUAUAAUUAGGAAUGUGGAAUCAAUUAUAAUAGAUGGGAAAAGGAGGUCAUUUUAAUGAGAAAGAGGGAUGAUAGUGUGAUGUGAUAAACGGAGUUGAAGUUAUCCAAAGACAUGCUCUCAAAUAGAAGACUACAAUUAAGUAUAUACUAAGUCUUGUUUGGGUACAUGUCAUAUAUGCCCUUUUUAGUAUGUUUUUCCGUGUUUGCUUCUUCCACUGUUUCAACAAGUGUUGUUAUUUUUAUCCUCGUACACUAUAUGUAUAUAUUGUUGUGAUUUAUUGUUUGUAUAUACGUGCUUUAUUGUUUGUAUAUACA